AUGGCCCAAGACCUGGGAUCAGCCCUCGAACACGCCGGUGGCGCUGGUCAAAAGAGUGAGGGUAUCGCAAUCAACACUUUUCUCGCGUCUUUAGCUACUGCGAUCGUCAUCUUCGCAGUGGAAUUCUUACUCUUUUUGCUUCUCAAAUCGAAGCUCACCCGCAUCUACCAACCUAGAACCUACCUUGUCCCGGACAGAGAGCGUACCGAACCCUCCCCACCUGGUCUUUUCCGAUGGAUUGUGCCUGUAUUUCGUACCUCUAGUACUGAGUUCAUACAAAAAUGUGGUCUGGAUGCAUACUUCUUUUUGCGAUACCUGCGCAUGCUUCUCAAGAUUUUCGUGCCUCUGGGUUGCAUCAUAUUACCAGUUCUGCUACCUUUGAAUAAAGCUGGCGGUAAAGACCAACAUUAUAAAAACGGAACUGAAACUGGCGGCACAUGGAAUGUUACUGGUCUGGAUCAACUUGCCUGGGGCAAUGUAACCCCAGAGAACACCAGCCGUUACUGGGGACACUUGAUCAUGGCUAUCAUCACCAUUGUCUACGUAUGCGCUGUGUUUUAUGACGAGCUGAGAAAUUAUAUACGCUUACGACAAGCCUACUUGACAUCUCCCCAGCACCGUCUACGAGCCUCUGCGACGACAGUUCUGGUGACAGCAAUCCCGGAAAGGUGGCUCACAUUGGAUGCUCUCGAUUCACUUUUUGAUGUCUUCCCUGGUGGCGUUCGCAACAUCUGGAUCAACCGCAACUUCGAUGAUCUCAACGAAAAAGUGAAGCUGCGGGAUGCGUUGGCUCUAAAACUUGAGGCUGCAGAGACAGACUUGGUAAUUAAAUGCAAGAAAGCUCAGUUGAAACAGGCGAAAGCCGAAGCGAAAAAGUCUGGGGUUAAAGCAAGAAAGACUGCCAAAGAGGAGCAGCAGGAUACGGACAGGAAAGCUUCACUGAUGGCUAUGGAUGCUGGUAUCAGUUCUGGUGACCCACACCAAGCGCACACUCUCGCUCAGGUCUUGCAUCAUGAUGGCUCAGAGGAUCAUACUGCGCCAGGGAAACGAAGAAGACUGAACCCCUUUGACCCCGCCAAGGAGGCCGCAGGAGCCGUCGGUCAUGGUGUGGGCAAGCUAGGAAAGUCCGUCCUUGAAGGCUUUAAGAAGGUUGAAGGUGGAAUAGAUGGAAAGUUGGCUCGAUCUGGUGGUUUUGUACCAGACGCCUCGAUUACUCAUCGGGACGGCUCGCGCUCACUAGAUUACCCUCGAUCUGAGUCAGAUAGCGUGGAUGUUGCAGACUGUUCGCAAGCGCGCACAAAUGGCACAACUUCGGGCGUUCCAGACGCGGCUGGAUCCAAAUCUAAACGGCCUUUCUGGAAGAGUACAGGAUCAAGCAAUUCUAAACUGAGCCACAGGAGCGAGCCUGACGAGUUUCCUUUAACGCAACGCGAAAGCAGCUCGAUUGAUGGAGAGAGGAACGAUGCACCGAUAGAGGAAGAGAAAAGUGAGAGGGAUAAACGAAGAACUCGGACCGAGGGCGAACAAUUGGAAGGUGAGGAAUAUCCCGUCGCCUACAACGAGGACUUCGACAAUGAGGACUUCGGAGAACCUCUUUGGAAGAAAUAUAUUAGGCCAAAGGACCGUGAUACCAUGCGACUACCGAUCUUUGGUCUUAGUUGGAUGCCCUCCCUCCCGCUUAUAGGCAAGAAGGUAGACACUAUCGAUUACUGCCGGAAAGAAGUGGCUCGUUUGAACUUAGAAAUCGAGGUUGAUCAACAAACCCCCGAGAAAUUCCCCCUGAUGAAUUCUGCCUUCAUUCAAUUCAAUCACCAGGUGGCUGCACAUAUGGCUUGUCAAGCAGUCAGUCAUCAUGUCCCCAAACAGAUGGCUCCUCGCAUUGUGGAAAUUUCUCCAGACGACGUAAUUUGGGACAACAUGUCCAUCAGAUGGUGGGAACGCUACCUGCGAACUUUUGGUAUUAUGGCCAUCGUCUGCGCGAUGGUGGUCGGGUGGGCUUUCCCUGUGGCCUUCACUGGUUUACUGUCCCAGCUGUCGUACUUGGAAGAAGCGUUUACGUGGCUUAAAUGGAUUUCCAAAUUGCCAGAAUGGGUUAUCUCUGCUGUGCAAGGUAUUCUGCCUGCGCUGUUUUUGGCCAUUCUGAUGGCUGUGUUACCUUUAAUCCUCCGGUUCCUUUGUCGGACCCAGGGCGUCCAUACAGGUAUGGCCGUUGAGCUCACAGUUCAGAACUAUUAUUUCGCGUUCCUGUUCGUUCAGCUAUUUCUGGUCGUCGCAAUCUCGUCCAGUUUUUCAACCAUCAUCAGUAACGUCACGAAUGUCACGAGCUGGCCUCAACUGCUUGCGGAGAACAUUCCUCUUUCUAGCAAUUAUUUCUUUUCAUACAUGAUUCUUCAGGCAAUGUCGGUGAGUGCUGGUGCGUUGGUCCAGGUCGUGAACUUGGUAAGCUGGUUUAUCCUUGGACCCUUGCUCGACACGACGGCCCGGACAAAAUGGGCCCGGACUACGAAUUUGAACCAGAUGCAGUGGGGAACUUUCUUUCCGGUGUAUACCACACUGGCAUCCAUAGGACUGAUUUACUGUGUUAUCUCGCCUCUUAUCCUUGUGUUCAAUGUAAUCACGUUCGGCCUAUUUUGGUUCGUUUAUCGGUAUAACACGCUAUAUGUCACCAAAUUUCGCUUUGACACCGGUGGAUUACUUUUCCCUAAGGCGAUCAACCAGUUGUUCACGGGCAUAUAUUUUAUGGAAGUCUGCCUAAUCGGUCUAUUCUUUUUGGUUCGUGACGUGCAGGGCACGGUUGCCUGCAAGGGCCAAGCCAUAUGCAUGAUUGUCGUUCUUAUCCUCACAGUCGGAUACCAACUUCUGCUGAAUGAUGCCUUCGGCCCCCUGAUCCGUUAUCUACCAAUUACGUUGGAGGAUGAGGCGGUGCGUCGGGAUGAGGAGUUUGAGCGUGCCCAACGUGUCCGGCUUGGAUUGCUUCAGGAUGAUGAAUUGAACUCUGACAAAGGUCAACAGUCAGGCCACGAAGAACAUAGGGGCCGCCAGACGGAUCGAGCAACUCAUGAUAUCGAGCUCAAGGAUAUUGAAGCUAGCAUGGAGCGAGGUACUGAGGCCCAGGCCAGGCGGCCUAGUCUCGGGCCUAAGCGUCAGUCUUGGACUGACAGAUCUUCACGUGGACGGUCGAAGUAUUUCGGGGCCAACUCCGACAGCUCGGUCCCGACGGUGCAGCAAAUUCGUGAGAAGGUAGCGGAGGAUGCUGAAGCCCAAGGCGCUCCUACCAAUCAAGUGGGCCCAGCCCUAUUUGCUGGGAUCCAUGACGAGCUGGAAGAUCUCACGCCGGAAGAACGUGACCAGCUAGUUCAGCGAGCCUUCCAGCACGAUGCGCUGCGAGCCAAGCGUCCCGUGAUCUGGAUUCCGCGGGACGACCUUGGAGUCAGUGAUGACGAAGUGUACCGGACUCAACGGUUCAGCAAACACAUCUGGAUCAGCAACGAGUACCAGGCAUUGGACGGCAAGUGCCGCACGAUCUUCAGUCGCAGUCCGCCGGACUUUUCGGAAGUGGAUCUCAUCCAGUUAUGA